AUGGCUCCAAACACUUCAAGAAAACAAAAGAUUGUCAAGACUUUUACCGUUGAUGUAUCAUCACCAACUGAGAAUGGUGUCUUUGACCCAUCCUCCUACGCCAAAUAUUUGAUUGAUCACAUCAAGGUUGAAGGUUCUGUCGGUAAUUUGGGCAACGCCAUUACCGUUUCUGAGGACGGUUCUAUUGUGACUAUUGUCUCAACUACCAAAUUUUCAGGUAAAUACUUGAAGUAUUUGACCAAGAAAUAUUUGAAGAAGAACCAAUUAAGAGACUGGAUCAGAUUCAUCUCUACGAAGACUAAUUCUUAUAAGUUGUCCUUCUACCAAGUUACACCUGAAGAAGGUGAAGACGAAGAGGAAGAAGUUGAUGCUGAGUAG